AUGUCCGAAGGCGUCUUCCAGGUCUUCUCCGAGGGUAUUCUUGAGCCAUCCGUGAUCGGAGUUUCUCCCCUGGUGAAACUUGGAUUUGCGCAGAAAGGGACAGUGGCAGUCUCGCUGCUCAGACCUGUCAUCGUGCAGCCACUCCGUCCCCUGCCGUCUCCUUUCCCCGGAGCCCAGCUCCUCCAGCUCUGCGAGGUGCCCAGGGCUGUGGGGCCGACUAGCGAUGGAGUGAGCCCAGCGAUGGAGCUAGCGGGGACCCAGACCCGCUUCAGCCAGGAGCCAGCUGACCAGACUGUGGUUGCCGGACAGCGGGCGGUGCUCCCCUGUGUGCUCCUCAACUACUCUGGGAUUGUGCAAUGGACCAAGGACGGGCUGGCCCUGGGUAUGGGCCAGGGUCUCAAAGCUUGGCCACGGUACCGGGUUGUGGGCUCUGCGGACGCCGGUCAGUACAACCUGGAGAUCACCGAUGCCGAACUCUCGGACGACGCUUCUUACGAGUGCCAGGCCACGGAGGCCGCCCUGCGCUCCCGGAGGGCCAAGCUCACCGUGCUCAUCCCCCCAGAGGACACCAGAAUUGAUGGAGGCCCUGUGAUUCUGCUGCAGGCGGGCACCCCCCACAACCUCACGUGCCGAGCCUUCAACGCCAAGCCUGCAGCCACCAUCAUCUGGUUCCGGGACGGGACGCAGCAGGAGGGCGCUGUGGCCAGCACGGAACUGCUGAAGGACGGGAAGAGGGAGACCACCAUCAGCCAGCUGCUCAUUAACCCCACGGACCUGGACAUCGGGCGCGUCUUCACCUGCCGCAGCAUGAACGAGGCCAUCCCCAGCGGCAAGGAGACUUCCAUUGAGCUGGAUGUGCAUCACCCUCCUACCGUGACCCUGUCCAUUGAGCCGCAGACGGUGCAGGAAGGCGAGCGUGUUGUCUUCACGUGCCAGGCCACAGCCAACCCCGAGAUCCUGGGCUAUAGGUGGGCCAAGGGGGGCUUCCUGAUUGAAGAUGCCCAGGAGAGCCGCUACGAGACCAACGUCGACUACUCCUUCUUCACGGAGCCCGUGUCUUGUGAGGUCCACAACAAAGUGGGCAGUACCAACGUCAGCACUUUAGUAAACGUCCACUUUGCCCCCCGGAUUGUAGUUGACCCCAAGCCCACGACUACGGACAUUGGCUCUGAUGUGACGCUCACCUGUGUCUGGGUGGGGAAUCCGCCGCUCACCCUCACCUGGACCAAGAAGGACUCAAACAUGGGGCCCAGGCCUCCUGGCUCCCCACCCGAGGCUGCUCUCUCUGCCCAGGUUCUGAGUAACAGCAACCAACUGCUUCUGAAGUCGGUGACCCAGGCCGAUGCCGGCACCUACACCUGCCGGGCCAUCGUGCCUCGGAUCGGGGUGGCUGAGCGGGAGGUGCCCCUUUAUGUGAAUGGGCCCCCCAUCAUCUCCAGCGAGGCGGUGCAGUACGCUGUGAGAGGCGACGGUGGCAAAGUGGAAUGCUUCAUAGGGAGCACUCCACCCCCCGACCGCAUCGCUUGGGCAUGGAAGGAGAACUUCCUAGAGGUGGGGACCCUGGAACGAUACACGGUGGAGAGGACCAACUCGGGCAGCGGGGUGUUGUCCACACUCACCAUCAACAACGUCAUGGAGGCCGACUUCCAGACCCACUACAACUGCACGGCCUGGAACAGCUUUGGGCCUGGCACAGCCAUCAUCCAGCUGGAAGAGCGAGAGGUGUUACCUGUGGGCAUCAUCGCGGGGGCCACCAUCGGCGCAGGCAUCCUGGUCAUCUUCUUCUUCAUUGCCUUGGUAUUUUUCCUCUAUCGACGCCGCAAAGGCAGUCGUAAAGAUGUGACCCUGAGGAAGCUGGACAUCAAGGUGGAAACCGUGAACCGAGAGCCACUCACCAUGCAUUCUGACCGGGAAGACGAUACUGCCAGCGUCUCCACGGCCACCCGGGUCAUGAAGGCCAUCUACUCGUCCUUUAAGGAUGAUGUGGAUCUGAAGCAGGACCUGCGCUGUGACACCAUCGACACGCGGGAGGAGUAUGAGAUGAAGGACCCCACCAAUGGCUACUACAAUGUGCGCGCCCACGAAGACCGCCCGUCCUCCAGGGCAGUGCUCUAUGCCGACUACCGCGCCCCUGGCCCUGCGCGUUUUGAUGGUCGCCCCUCAUCCCGUCUCUCCCACUCCAGCGGCUAUGCCCAGCUCAAUACCUACAGCCGGGCCCCCGCCUCUGACUAUGGCCCUGAGCCCACAGCCGCUGGCCCUGCUGCCCCUGCGGGCACCGACACCACCAGCCAGCUGUCCUACGAGAACUACGAGAAGUUCAACUCCCACCCCUUCCCCGGCGCAGCUGGGUACCCCACCUACCGGCUGGGCUACCCGCAGGGCCCACCCUCCAGCCUGGAGCGGACCCCGUACGAGGCGUAUGACCCCAUCGGCAAGUACGCCACGGCCACCCGGUUCUCCUACACCUCCCAGCACUCGGACUACGGCCAGCGGUUCCAGCAGCGCAUGCAGACUCACGUGUAGGGGCCAGACCUGGCGGGGGCAUCUCUGCGGGGCAGAGGAGAAGGCUUCUCACAGCUGUUCCCUGAUAUUCAGGGGCGUUGCUAAUUGCUCCCUUCUUGGACCAGCCUUCCUCCUCCCACCAAGGCAGGUGGGGAGCAGGUCUCCCAGAAACACCCCGUCCCGAGGAUGGUGCUCUGCGCAUGCCCCAGCCUCCUGGGCCUGCCCUUCCCUCUUCUUCGGGAGGUUGUGUCUCUUCCCACCUGUGCCCUUGCUGACCCCAGCACGGGGACAGGGAAAGUCAAGGGGAGACUUGACUUGGGGAGAACAGAGGGGGCACUUUUUAGCAUUCCCUUUCUAUCCCGCCCCUCUGGUCUCCCAUAAACAGGCAGGGAGGAUACGCGGGGGACGGCAGGCUUUGACCUAGGGGACAUUUAAGGACGGGAGUGGGUGGCUGUAGCACAGACAGAUGGAAAACAGGAUAGCCCACCCAGUCCCUUUGUUUGCUCUCUUGUCUUGAGUGCAUCUGUCCCUCAGGGCACUGGAGAAGGGACCUUGGGUUCAUGUUGGCUCUUGUCUAUAGAACAGCCCUGGGAGCCUUGGCUCAGCUGGGAUCAAAAUGUCAGUCACCCUAGCUGCCUCUGUGGAUAUCUGUCAGGGUGCAGAGGGAUCCAGAAAUCUCCAGCAGCACUGCUCCCUUCUUCCCUUCUCCCUGUGCUGGGCCCACCCAGAUAAGUUGCAAGUGUGGUGGAGAAGGAAAGGUCAGGUCCCGUGUCCUGAUGGAUCAGCAAGAAGCCACUGUGCGCUGCUGCUGCUGCUGCUGCGUGGCAGUUCCCAGAACCCACACCAGAGGGAGGCACUCGAGCCCCGUUUUCUGCCCCACUUCCUGGCUUUAACUCUUGAGCCUGCUUGGGGAGUAAGUAGUAGGUUGAGAUAGAGCUAUUGUUGCAAGCUAUUUUGCAAAGGCAACAACAACAACAACAAAAAAUGAUGAAAACCUCAUCUGGAAAGAAGCUGUAGGGGUUACCUCGCCCAAAUACAAGUCCCAGUGGAAAGAAAAAGGGAUACCUGUUCUUCUCCACCAAGUUCCCGACACCUUCCAUUACCCUUUCAGUCUCUAAGCACUUUGAAUUCAUUUUAUACAUUCAGGUGGUCCAGGUGGGCUCCAACAGGGUUAGGGAAGGGCAUGGGUCUCUGACUCUGCUGUCUUACCCUCAGCCCCACCAGCUGCUUAGGGCCCACCUCCCAGAGGGCCGGGAGAGGUUCUCUCUAGGAAAGUUCUGGUUUAAGUGUCUUUUUUCCCUCCUUGGACCAAUCCGACUCCUUCCUCCACUUCAGUGCCUUGAGUGUCUAGCUUUGGGUGACCGUCCCUGUGUGGGCGGUUGGGCAGGGAGCGGUACUUGGGAAGCUCCAGACAGGCUGUCAAGGGUUACCGUGUCAGAGGAGAGUGAGGGGAGAGGACCUGGAGGGGAAAGGAGGCCUGGAGAUGGCCCUGAGGGAGAGCUCAGCGCCGACCCGGGUGGAGAAGGAGGCACGGAAGGGCACUGCGGGCAUUCCAAAGCCCAUGCUCUCUCGUCCCACCCCCACGUGCACCCGCGCCCACGCACAUUCCAUGCCAUCACUUCUCAGCUGCCACCUUCUGACCAAAGAGAACAGGCACCCCAAAGAGAAUCGGUACCCUUGCCUGGCCUUGUCUGCCCGAGGAGCUGCGUCUGCAGCUUGCCUCCUCCACCCAUGGCCAGCCCGAUGGGAGGGGGACUCCGGUGCAAUUCCCAGAAUGCUCCUUGCCCUUUCUCGGUGGUCACCAUUCAUUAGUCAUGUUCGCUUUAAUGAGUUACAUGCUCAUCAGCCACGGGCCAUCACCACCCCUUGCAGAUGGGUCCGUGGGGUGACAUUCCUAGACACCCUCUCACUGGUGAAGACUAAGUCAUACCCUGGAGCCAGCAGCUGCAGUUCUAGCCUGCCCCUGUGUCCUCUGCCACUUGAGAGGGACAGUCUUUGCAGAACGGGACCUACCUGGCUUCCAGCUGUAUCCCACCCCUGGAAGCUCAUAUGGUCCCACGGAGUCCUCUCAUGAGAGCCCAGAGAGAAGGCUUUAAGAAUGCAGGUUCCUGUGCAGAUAAAUUUGUGCAAAUUCUUCAUAGGCACCAGCAGCUAUGGCUAAUCUAAACAACUGAAGCCUAAAUAGGGUUACCUUUAAAACAGGAGAAUUCAAGGUAUUCAAUUGUGUUUGGGAAUUGCGCUUUUCGGUUUUAACUGUGGAAACCUGCAUGGUGGGCCAAGUGGGAUAGCUUAUCUAGGGAGGAGAAGAUGCCCUGGAUCCCAGAGCUCUGUUAUCUGAAGCUAUAGUCCCCAACAUUGCAUUGCCCCAGGACUUGGCAAUCCUGAUUCCCUUGGACAUUACCAUCCCAGUGGGAAGGGCACGGGGCUAGUGAUCAGGAGAUCCAGGACCCAGUUCCGGUGCUGGGUUCAUUCACAGAGUGGCCUAACCUCUAUGUCCAUUGCCUCCAACUUUCUGUCCUGCGAGAUGAGGGGAGAGCGUUACACAAACCUGAAAGGAUUCCGUUUUGGCUUUGUUCAUCUGAGGAGGUGCCAUGCAGGGCUGUGCAUCCCUGGCAAGGAGUUGGGAGCAGUCAGCAAUCCGUGAGGGCUGGGGAGCUCAGGGGUUCUCCCCUACUGAAAGAAGCUUUCACCGUGUGCUUCAUUAUCUUGUCAGAAGUGUUGUGAGUUAAUUUCCACCAGAAACCCCUUUAUUACAAGCAGCAACAGCUACCCUAGUUAUCUGUGCUGCUUCCCCCUUGAUUCUCACAGGUUUGCAAAGAAGACUGUGGCUAGAGAAGGGCAGAGUGGGUUUCCUUUAGUUUGCUCCCAGGUGACAGGCAUCUGUUUCUUGGCAGGGAGUGGUAAUUGGUCCUGGAAACACUCUAUGGCCCAAAGGAUAACUCCUCCUGCUUACUGAACAAGGUGAAGCCUGCAGUCCAGAUGUUUCGACCUGGGCUGGGAGUGGGUCCAGCUGACCUCUCCAUGAGGGAGCAGCAGGUGGGGGGAAGAGGAGGCAGGUGGUUUUGACAUAAGCUUUGGGUCCCAAAGGGUUCUUAUUACCUUGGAUCAGCCAUGGUCUCUGCUUGUGAAGGGCCCAGCCUGCAUCCUAAAUCCUGGAUCCCUCAAAGUCCAGCCAUAGAGUUUGCAUGAAAGAAAACUCAUCGUAGUGAGAAAGGACAGUAGUAGCCAGGCCUGAGAGCAGUGCUAGGUUCUCAAAUAUCGAGCUUGGAAUGGAAGGUUAGUUUGACCACCCUGUCUGCCAGCGAUACUUAUCCGGCAGUUUCUGCUUUCCUUGCGAUUUUGAGGGAAGCUUCUUCUGCCUUUCGGGAUGGAGCACAUUGCAGGGGAGUCUCUUGCCCUCCAUUCCUGGGUGGACCUGUAGACAUUGUCAGGAGCAUCAAGUCCCGGGCUCCUUAGAGUCAGAUGGCCACCAACACGGUACACCUGGCCACAAACAGCAAUGUUAGCCCAGUGGGGUGUGUGGAAACCAAGGUUAAGGCCAAGACCCCAACUGGGAGUGAGCUGACUUGGUCACAGCCUUACUCUUUGCUGUGUGGACGGUUUGUCCCUAUGGCUGAACUGCAGGACCUCCCAAAGCUGCCCUGGGCUCGGAAACCCUGGUUCUCUAUCAUUUCAGUUCUGUGUGACCUGAGGCAGGUCACUGCUCUGUGCCUCUGCAGCCCGUUCCGCAUGUCGGGGGAGCCGCGGGAGAGAACUAGUCAGGCUCCUGACCCUGGUGAGCCCAGAUAGGGUGUCAUGAGGGGACACUGAGGCGCACCGGCAGACCAGCGUCAUUACGCAUUCAUUUUUGUGAAAAGGCUACAGAAUGAGCAUCUAUAGAUCUCAUUCCCUUUCUCCAUGUCCCCCAGGGUAUUUCUCCUCCUCUUGUCAAAGCCUGGCUGUUGGUGAGGCUGUUGGCUCGCCUCUGGCAGCUUGGUUCUGACACUCAUCCUCUGGGCUGCUGAGGAGAGGCCCAGUGGCUGGGGGAUCUCUGAAUUGGGGAGAUGGGGCAGAAUCCCAUUUUCUUGUAUCACUGUGAGGGAGCUCCAGGCCCUGCCCCUGGAGAGAUCAUUGCUGCGCAGAAGUCCCAGGCCAUACCGGGCAGUUCUGGUACAGGCCUGCCCUUAAAAAAAAAUAAUAACAACAAUAAUAAUAACUCCAUGUGCAUA